AUGACUAUUCAACAUUCUCUCAUGACACCUGUAAAAGUCAGCACCAUAUGUUCAGUGAAAAAGCUCAAACUUGGAGUUCCAUCUGAGAAAGAAUGGCUGCGAUGCCUUUUGGCAUUUGAAUGGAAUACAAGUUGUUUCAAUGCUGUUCCUGAUCAACAUUGGGAGCCAGCAUGUAGCAGUGCCGGAAGCACAAGAAGACCAUUCCAUUUGUUCGAAUUGCUAGCUCUCAAAGACAUACAAUGAACUUCUGGUUGAGCGCAAAUGCGAACUCUCAGGUCAAGUAUGUUAUGGUUGUGCUCUCAUUGGUAUUUGGAAUUACUGAAUCACAUUUAAAGGAUACCAAAUAUUGCAGCCGCCCAACAAAACUAUCCUUGCUUACUUUUGAUGUCUUUAUGGAAGAGUUGAUAUUCUGUAAUUGUUUAUUUCGGAGCAAUGCAUAUCUUGUACCAC